AUGACUGCUAUACCACGACACUGGCGGCCCCGUGGAAGCGGUGGGAGGGCGAAGACCAGGCCCCCUACUUCCCCACGGCGGAGUUGUUCUACUCAGCGACCACCAUUUGACCCCGCGCUGGCCGAACGACGAAAAGCGGCGGGCUUCGUCGGGGACCGCCUUAGAUGUGGAGCGGGCUCGGUGUCCAAGCUGCGUGUAACAAAAAGCCAUAGCUGCAAGUCCUUUGUCAGCCUGGCAACCCCAAGCCGUGGAGAAGCUGGAGAGGACGGGUUGAACGGCUCGAAGGGGCACAAGGGUUUGGCGGCAACUCCUGAGUUGCUUUGCCGCCAGCUGAAGAUGGCGCGCAACUUGGUGAAGAUUGCGCAGCGGGCGGAGAGCUUAGUCGUCGGCACCUACCAGCAGAUGAUGCGGCGGAGUGCCUCCGUGCUGACUAUGCUCAACAAGAUGCCCGACCCCGGAGAGAGCCUCACCGUUGCCGACGGGGCGUUCUGCAUCUCGCGGGAGCAGCUGGAUUUUGGGGACCUUGGCAGGCAGGCCGUGCUUGAUGCUUGCCAGGGGCCGCUCAAGAAGUCGAAGGAUCUCUGGAAGCGCUUGAACGAUGCUGUUGCUGCUCUACGAGCUCGGAAAAGGGUCGACAAGAAGGGUGCUACAGGCCCUCGAAAGGGUCCCAUUCCCGCGAAUCAUGGGAUGAAAGGGCAAAAGAAGGAGAGACUGAUAGAAAACAAGAUGGUUUCCUCCCCAUAUCGAUACGCAUCAAAGUUAGGUGCACUUUGCGCCGCAUUAAUCACUCAGGGGAUCAACGCUGCCGUUACCUUUGCGAUCCCGAGCAAGGUUGGCGACGGAGGGCACUCUUACGCGCCACUUGACCCAGCGCCCCUGGGCAUCUCCUUUGAGUUCUUUGCCUUUCCGUCGUACCUUACCAACGUUACCGCAACAAACCAAUGUUUGUCCAACUGGAAAGACCUCACUGGAGUCUGGCCGCCGAUCCGCAUUGGCGGGACAACGCAGGAUAGAGCCUCCUUUGACGCAUCGACAUCGGCCUACGUCGUGUACUCGGUUGCGAACCCGGCUGACGCCCCUAUGACAUUGACCUUUGGACCGAAGUUCAUGACUCUUGCGGGCACAUAUCCCGGGAGCGUCGUGGUUGGUUUGAACCGAGGAAAGAAUAACAUCGACAACACGAUUGCUGCCGCCAAGGUAGCUGUGGCUGAAGUCAAGAACCUCCUGGCUAUUGAGUUAGGAAAUGAGCCCGAAUACUACUCUAAAGAUGGCCAGCCCAUUGCCCGCGGAACGUGGAACCCCUCGGUCGACGCCUCAUCCCAGGUAGACUGGAAUAUCCGGAUCGGCAGUGCCGUGGGCAAGAACAACAUCAUCCAAGCCGGGAACUGGAACCAAGCCCCUCCACAAUGGGGAGCCGCGCAGCUGAUCGCAAAAGAGAACGCAACGUCGAAGCAAUACGUGCGGCAUUACGCCCACCACAACUACCCCGGCGGCGACAUCCAGAAGCUGCAAUCGCACUCCCAGACAGCCAGCAACGUCCGCAGCAUGUUUGCCGCCGACGUAGCCGCGGUCAAGCAACAAACGGGCAAGGAAUACGUCCUCGGCGAGACCAACUCAGUCUCCGGGGGGGGGGCAGCCAACGUAUCGCCCACCUUCGGGGCGGCGCUCUGGACGAUGGACUACGCUCUGCGCGCCGCAGCCACCCACAUCUCGCGUACCUACUUCCACCACGGCACGGUCGGCAACUGCCAAUACUGUUUCUGGGGCCGCUACAGCAUGGGGGCGCCCUACUACGGGGCGACGGCGGCGGUGGCGCUGACGGCGGGGGCGCGCACCAUCCCGGCGCUGGACGAUGGGAGUGCGAAGGAGGGGGUGUAUGUGGUGUUUGAUGGGGAGGGCAGGGCGUUUAGGUUGUUGAUGGAUAAUUAUCUGUUUCUACCGGGGGCGGUGUCAUGA